GUUUUACUCAGUCGGUUUUCAGCAUUGCAGGGGAGCACACGAUGAUAAUGGGAGGACAGUUGAGUCGCUUCUUGGUCGUCGUCGUCGUCGCAGUUUGUUACCACGCACCCCAUCCAAUCCACUCCUGUACACAUAAAAAGAAAGACACUUCUCCCAGCUAACCACACUUUGGCUUUUAGCAGCAUCACUUCUGUGCCGUGGAUGGAAUACAUCCUUGCAGAGUCGAAACUGCCAAGGUUUCAUCCUGCCAAAUACUUUACACCAACUUGGUCAUCCGUUCUUCUAUUAUCCUCUCAUUCUUCCAUUGUCUGUCCACGUCCGUGCGGGUUACUUUCUCCACUGAUUCCUCAUUCACAGUCUGAUGACUGAAUCCACCAUUUCACCACCAAAGUCCCCUUUUUAAACGACUCUUCUCCUACUAACGUAAAAUUGCGACAAAACCGAAUUGAACGGAUAUCCCCUCCUCCUCCCCGCGUCUAUAGGUAACUAACUGUUUGCCAGUGAAAGUGAGAGUGUAACAUGUAAAUUAAAGUGCAGUUGGGGACGAAGAAAGCAGGACUUUGCGACACGACAUCGUGGUGCGAUGCAGUAACAGCAAUACGGAAAAGGAGCACCGUUGGCAUGUAACGAGGAAGGUUUUGAUGAAAUGGAGAUAUUCCUUCAAGCCGACACCUCGAACGAUGGGGAGCUCACGAACGGGCAAACACCUCACCCAUCACCUCUUCCAGGAGCUACAACUUCCAGAUCUCAAAACACACCUGGGCUCAGAUACCGAAACCUGGGCAAGAGUGGUCUUCGCGUCUCAAAUGUAGGCCUAGCUACAUGGAUGCUGUCUUCUGAGGACCCCGAAGUGGCCGAAUCCGUCAUAACGCUUGCCUAUGAUAGUGGUAUUAAUGUGUUUGACUUAUCCGAAGCGUACUCCGGCACUUCUGCGGAGGUCGAGCUGGGUAAAAUUAUCAAGAAGAAAAACUGGAGAAGGACGAGUUUCGUCGUGCUGACCAAAAUCUACUGGACAAACAAGUGCGAGGAGAAAGGAUUAUCGAGAAAACACAUUAUCGAAUCUGUGAAAGCAUCUCUAGAUCGGUUACAACUGGAAUUUAUCGACGUAAUCGUCGUCCACCGAGCAGAUGGAAGCUGCCCCAUGGAAGAAGUGGUACGAGCCAUGACCUACGUGAUAAACCAAGGACUCGCAAUGUACUGGGGAACUUCAAAAUGGACGCCGACGGAAAUCAUGGAAGCGUAUUCCAACUGCAGGCAGUUCAACUGCGUGACUCCCAUCAUGGAGCAAGUCGAAUAUCACUUUUUCGCCAGAGAAAAAGCAGAACUGUACAUGCAAGAGUUGUACAACAAAAUUGGAGUUGGUCUGAUGACGUGGUCCCCGCUGACAAUGAGCUUCUACAAAACCUUGGGAAAACAGACGGACGAGACGAUGGCCUUAUCCCUGCGCCCUUCUUCCUUCAAGAAUAAAUACCUUUCACAAUACAGUUGGAAUGAGGAGGAGACUGGAUCAGGGAAAGCUGAGGGUUGGAAUCGCGACAGGUCCAUCUCCUCUGAGGAAACGUACAACCAAAAGAAAGUGACUCAACAAAGGAUAAGCCGUGAAAUUGCGGAACUCGCAGAAAAAUAUGGCUGCACCCUGGCUCAAUUAGUGAUCAGUUGGUGUUUAAAGAAUGACACUUUACACUGCAUGCUCAUCGGGCCGACCACCACUUCCGAGCUUAUCGGAUACUUGCAGGCAUUACAAAUAAUCCCACGGCUCACUUCGACAGUGAUGAACGAAUUAGAGACUAUUUUGGACAAUAGACCCGUGCGUCCUCCGAUGAUUUCAACCCUCGCAUUGACCUUGAGUCAAAGAUGACGCUCGCUGCCCACCGUAUCAGCAUCUUUUCAACUACAACUGCAGACCAACAACAAGGAGUCGAGGUCCAAGUCGUCCCCCAGUCCCCCGGGCGGUGGUGGUGGGUGUGGUGAUCAACAUCAACUCCGAAGGUCCCUUAGUACAGGUAGCGUCGAAGCAGCGUCGAGGACCCCAACCCAACCACUGCACGAUCAUCGACAACAUGACCGCGUCGUCAGUUCAUGGAAUAACCGAGUGCCCUUUUGUCGGAUGCAAUGAGUCAUGAAAUAAGAUGCACUUAUGCAUAUUUCGUGGUGCUGUUCGUUAAGAGUUACAUACAUAAAUAAAUAACAAAAAUUAUGCUAUGCAAGAUUCUCAAUUAUCAGUAUGAACAGGUGAAAAAAUUAAAUAAUUAGGCAAGAGUUUCAUAAAGACUUCCUUCAGCGUGCUACAUAUAUCAGUCAGAUACACACGGUUCAUCAUUAUGGUGCACAUACGGCAAUUUAAUUUUCUUGGUAUUUUUUCAAUAUUGACGAUAUUCAACUUCCAACCAGCUCAUAAUUAGAUAUUUUUUACGAAUUUCGUUAAAUGUACAAUUUAUGAAUGACGGUUAUUUAAUUGAGAGAUUUGUCUCGAGGUUUUGGACGUACGAGGAUGAUAAGUUGCAUAAUCUACACCCAUUCUGACGGGAUACUUACAAUUAGUUAACGAGACGUAUUGUCAUAUAUUCACGCAAAUUACCUGGAUUCUCUACCAACUCAACAAUAAAAUGCAGUUACCUUACAGUUUACAUACCUUAUCUAGUACAUUAUUUAACUUUACUAACGAGUGGAUCACUUCAACACUUACGAUGAUAUAAAGACAGAACAGAAGGAUAAAGUCAAAUACGUACAUACGUACUUAUUAUAGGUGUUAACUAACUUUUAAAAGUCAGUCUUAUCUCAACUUCUCAAACGUGGCUUAUGCAGUAGAACAGUCAGUCAAUUCGUAUUUCUAUUUUAGAUGUGUCUCAUUCAUAGAUUGAAAUGAAUAAGUAGCCAGGUUCCAAAUAAAUCUCAAUCUAAAUGUAUGAUGGCUUAUGUUAUAAUAAUCUCGUUAUACAAAAAUUACCGUACAAUAAAAUCGACAUACUGAUGUAAGUGA